AUUCGCAGCGAAACGCAUCGUGUCGCAUUUAUAGUGUUAUUUCAGAUCAGAUAUAUUUGGUACAAAAAGAAAGAUUUAUAAACUAAUAUUAAGUUGAAAAGUGACAAAAAAGACGUAACAACCUUUGUUAUAAUUUCGAAGGUGGUGAUAUGAAAUAUAAAAGUACUAAAAGCUAAAUAAAAUGAAAGUGGGCCAAUAGUGAGUGACGAGAGCGGUGUAGUCGUAAAAUACUGAAAAGGCGACCGUAGAACAGCAGCGCGGCGAAUAAGUACCAGUGCCAGCAAAUUCGUGCUAAAACAUAAUAGCUGCUAAAGGAAGUGAGAAGCAUAAACAGUGAAGAUGAAAAAUUCAUUGCGGGAAGUUUUAAAUUGAUUGUGAGCGUUUUGGUACGCGCGAGUUGAGGAGUUAUUAUUGUGAUUUAAAGACGUUAAUAAGGAAAGGCAUUACAUAUUCUUUGCAGAUACUAAAUUGAAAGAUAUUUUGACAAAAAGUUGUGUAAAAAUUGCUUCGCUGUGUAGAAAAAUUGUGCCAGACUUGCAUCCAACCAAUACAAACAUCGAGUGUAACACACAAACAAACUCACACUCACAGUGGGUUCUCGUCUCGUCCGCCACGCACUGUUUUCAUACAAAUUGUCGGAGGUAUUCGUUAAAUUACAUGCGCGUUCGUUGUUCGCUUUCAAAUGUCGGUUGAUAGCUAAAAUUACUACUCUAAAUUGUAUGAUUUAUGUAAAACAAAGACACUAUAAGAAAAAUAUUACAAGUGCUAAAAGUUUUUAUUGAAUGAGAAGUGAAGAUAUUAAUAUAUUAAUAAGUUUAAGUGAAUUAAUACCAUUAAAUACAACACAACGAACAUACACAAACACAACUCUUGCCAUUUCAUAUGUAAGCAUUGUAUUCUUCAAUGUGCGAAGCUAAAAUGGAAGAUAUGACAUUCUUACGCUAACUGAUCCGAAAAGACGUCAAAGCGCGGCUUCGAUUGGAUUUGGCAUCCAUCCCAAUACUUAAUCAAGGAAGAGGCAGCUAAGCAAUGAAUGUUACAAACAACCAGGCGCCCGAAGAUUCACAGAACCCACAGAACAAUUUGUACGCCGCCAGUAGAAGAAUCAAUCACACCCAAAACUCCGCUCUGGCUCACGUACAGGCCAGUAACCAAAGUGCUGAAGAAGAACAGGAGCAAGUUGUCACUUCGACUUCGUGUGAGACGCAUAUAAGCGCUACCGGUCAUUUGCCGCGUCUGGAGGCAUUGAUCACAUCGCCGGCGCGCAUCACCAGCUCCACCGGUAAUGACUGCAGCUCCUCACCGCAGCGUGUGUUGUCCACGACGUGCAGCAGUAGCAGCAGUGGUGGUAGCGGCAGUGGCCGACAAUCGACGCAUAAUCGCGGCGACAUAACAACGGAUGCCUCCAGCGAGGAUGAAUCCCAAUCCUCUUUUAUUGGCCGAAGUUUAGUGAAACCGGGUGCACGUGCGGUCCACGCAUUUGUUCGCGCAAUACCCACUGCGUUGGACUCGGUGAUGCCGACAACUUCUGCUGCAGCGGCGACACGUUCAGCAGGUGCUCGAAGUGUGGAGACGGAACUGAUGCGCGCAGUAUUUUCUGCGAGCAGCAACAACAAUAACAAAAUUAGUAUUAGUAAUAUAAGUAACGGUAGUUUAGAGCAUACGAACGGCGACAGCGACAAUACGGACAUGGUUGCGCGCGAACAGUUAACCACCACAGUAGCCUCAAGCGGCGACACCAAUGCUGUCGGUCAUGCAGCGAGUGCGGGGGCUGGCAGUGGGCAAGGUCAAACAGUGCAAACCGAGCACAACACCGAAACACACAAGAUCAUACUGAAAUUACCCAAACCAAAUGCUACGAGCGUUAAUACACGCUCCAAUGAAUCUCAUAGCAAUACCGACACGUUGAGUGGCUGUGACGGCAUUGCCGGCUAUAGUGGAGCUGAAUCGACACGCAAAGUGGAGCCACUCAAAAUCAAUUUACAUGCGCACAACAGCAGUAGCAGUACGAAUGUAGUUCCCAAAAUCACAAUCAAACCGAUCGUGAAGAAGCACAACGAUGUCGCAUCGUCGGAUUGUUCAUCUUCAGCCGAAGAUGAGGCGAUGGUUGAGACCUGCAACACACGUGUCGGCGCACAAAUACCCAAAUUGACCAUAAAGGGGUCAACAGUCGUCGGUGGCUGUAGCGAUGAACCUCAUAUUGUUCCCAAAUUGACAAUACGUUCUGCCAAUGACAGCUCAGACAGCUCUGUAGUGCCCAAGUUGACAAUCAAGAUGUCAGAUUCGCAAAGCAAUUUGCAUAACAAUAGCAGCAACAGCCAAUUGACAUCAGCCACUUCGGGGGUGCACAGUGCCGUUACAGCAAAAUCACUGACAGACCACUCACCGCCGCCACUGCCGAAGCUCACUAUAAAAACAUCUCUGGAUGGGACGAGCGAGUCAAUAAUGUCGACGAUAUCGCCAGCAUCCUCAUCUUCAUCAUCGUCGAGUACAUCCUCGUCCACAGGUUUGCCGUCCCUAUCUUCUGGCACCGCCUCGUGCAGCGUAUCAAAUGCUACCGCCUGUUCUGUGCCUAAGUUGACUAUAAAAGCUUUGCCGCCCAAACAUGAGGAGCUGGUGCCGAAGUUGACAAUCAAAACAAGUGCAGCUGGCGCUUGUGUGAGGACAUCAGCGGCCAACGCUUCUAUAGAUACAAAUACCGAGGUUAUUGAAACUGGCAGUUGUAGCAGUAAAAUACCUAAACUAACGAUCAAAACAGGUCAGGAACACGCGGUGAUUAUAACGCAACACAACGACACCUCCAACGCGCAAGUCAUACCAAAGUUGACGAUCAAAACUAAAUCAUUGGAUGCGGAAGAGUCGCUCAGCGACCUAAGCGAGGACCCGGCACCGCCUCCGGAGAAGAUACCCAAGAUUACAAUAAAGACGCAUGAACCAGUAGCGGAGGCUACGACCCCCAAAUUCUGCAUUAAGACCAUGCAACAGCAAACCGAAGCGGAACACGCACACUCCAUUCCCAAGCUGACCAUAUCUAUGGCAAAUUUUGAAGGUGGAUCAGCACCCCAAUCACCUAAGCAGUCGCCACUUGUGGUGCGGCAGUUGUCGAGCAGCUCACGCAAGCCAGAGUCGCCGGAAAGGCUGCCAAAGCUAAUGAUAUCUCGCCAGGAUACCAAAGGAAGCAACUGUGAUGCAUCUGUAGAAAAAGUCGUGCCCAAGCUGACCAUUAAAACUAAUAGUCAGGACGGUGGCGGCAACGAAUGUAAGGAGAAAAUUCCCAAAUUGACGAUCAAAUCGAUAUCCAACGUGGAGCAGCAAUCCUCAGAGGAGAGUGAUGAAUGUAUGAGUGGUGAAUCUUCGCCACCAUUGUCCUCAGCAGAGGACGCAGCCGCUAACAAAUUGGUGCCCAAGCUAACCAUUAAGAAUCUUUCUUCGCCAACUUUGCGAAUGAAAGCUGUGCUGGAGGAUAAAACGCAACGUAAUGUGUCAAAAAAGUGUGGAAAAUCCAGCGAGCCAAAAAACAUCGCCGUCGCCGACAUAAACGCCACAGCCGGUUGCGGCGUGACGCAACGGUCGCUGGAUUCCCAACCAAGUAGGGAGAAUAGUGCUCACGAACAGUUAGUUAACGGUUGCGAAUCGAGUAGCAGUCAAGAGUUCUGCGGUUUCAACAACGACAACACAGCGUUUGCUGAGGAGGAGGAUAUACAGGAGCCGCGACGCAACUCUGACGACAUGGACAUCGAUGAGGGUUUGCAAAACCACGACCCACAGGUGUUCAAUAAUAUUUUUCAUGUUAGCAAUGGUGACUCGCUACGCAUGAAUAAUACCGAAGAAACGGAACUAAUGCAACCGCCGAUGUCAGGUGACGACCUAUCCAACGUAGUGGACACUGUCGAUUUGACAUCCUCGCCAUCACCGGGUUCAUCGCCUGCACAUUUCACUUACACCGACGCUGAUCCGCAAGUAAACGAUGCGCAGCAGCCGCCGCAAGCCACCAUACUAAUGGAGCGUCUACAACGUGAAAUGAGCGUAAUACAAACUGCGCCGCCGUUGGAUAACAGGCUUCUGCUUAAUCAAUUAAAUUCGCCGCUUAACGCUAGCAAAUACGGUGCUCCACCGCCUCUGCAGCCGAAACCAUUACAAACACAACAACACGUCCACCAGCAACAGCAACCGUCACAGGUUCAAAAACAACCACAUCUGCCACAACAAAUAAGCAAUAGCCUGAAAUAUCCACAACUGACAGAACGGCUAAUGGCAAAUGGAGCACGAGUUCACCAAAAUUCAAACAUAAUGCACACUGUCAGCAAUGCUACGGCGCCAAUGAAUAACGCAGCGCUGACAAAUCAGUUGGCACCGCAAAUGGAAAAGGUAAUAGAUUCGAUUGAGAUACUGGACACUCCUGAAGGUAGUCCGCGUUUGACGCUGGACGAUGCCGCUGCGUUGCCCAGAAAUCUUCACAUAAACAACGAAGAUGGUUUGAUAAAUAAUGCCACGGUCAGUGGAACUUAUGAGGAGAACAGCUCAGAUAUACUGAGACGCAACAACAAUAUCUUGGAUAAUGACUCCUCAGCAAAUGAAAUGAAUAAUAUGAACUUGAAGAGACAUGCGAACACAAUAUCCACUUUGAUGAUGGAAAACAACGUAGAGGAGCACUGCAUUGAGAUCACACCAAACAAAGUUCGUCGCAUUGAUAGUGAAUCCCACACCAUGGCUACACUGACCAUAUUGACGGACGAUGAGUCAUCUAACACGAAAUUGAUUACUACGUCGCCCACCAUCUUCGGAGGCAAUCAUCAUGUUGUGGACAUCAGCAACGAAGUGGUACCAACCGAAAACUCCACCAUCACAAUGGAUCUAUCCUCUCCGAAGACUUCGAUUCAUCGUCCGCGCAAACAACGGCAUGAACAUCUAUUGGCCAUACCGCUGGACGAAGAGGACUCGUUGCAGUACAACCUGAAUAAUGACACAGUCGCCAAUUGUUACACAUCGAAUGAACAUUUAACGUCGUCGAAAGCGGGAGCUGCAACCACAGAGCAAUCGACUACAGCAAACACCCCUGCCGGCAUCAAGAGACGCGGUCGUCCAAAAAAGAAUGCUGCGACAUCUGCAACUGUGACAACGCCCGCAUCUACCACCAUGUCAAAUGACAUACCCAGUAUUGGUGCUGUCGACACUCCGGCCACCGAUGGCGUGUCGAAGUCUCGCCGUGUGGAGCUGUUACGCAAACGUCUCGCUAUCGAUAUGGUGGACGCCGAGCAGCCAACAGAGGAACACAGCAUAGAAGGUGCUAUGGAUACUGAAGCGUCGAAACGAGAGCGUACAGUGCGCACAGGAGCAAGAACUUCUCGGCGUUCCAUUUUACCAGGAAGCGCUAUUACACCAGCAUCGAAGAUCAAGUCAAGCGGUAACAAUGGCGAGGUACCUAUAAAGGGACGUAAGCGUUCGGUGAACGCUUUGUUGGGCGGCAGCGCUGCUAUUGCUUCAACAGUACCAGCAAACACCACAAUCACCAAUUCAGUGUCUGACAGCAUUAUGUCCGUCCUUAAUCACUACGGUGGUUCUAAUUCCAGCAUCUCUUCUGCCUACUCCAGCAGCUCCAUGAGCUCUGCCACUGUGACAACAGCUGCUGGAGCCCCAGUGAACGUCGGCGUGCCUACUUCCAUUUCAUUGGCGACACAAAUUGACUUGACCAUGUGCUCAUCCUCGUCGUCAGCCAGUAAUGGCAGUACAACCGCCACUAUGACCAUAGCUGGCGGCAGCAUUGUCGCUAGCAGCGGAACAAUAAGUGUCGCAGUACAAAAUCAAAGCAGCAGUUCAAUGCUGCCACCUGCAACCAUACUCUCCUCGUCGGAUCCCGUGCCGGAUGUGGUCUUCAGACCAAACGAUUUCUCUUCGCUUAUGGCAACUCAACAGCUGCGGGCAGCGCAGUGUAACACUAGCUUAGAAACGGAUCUGUUACGUAUGCAGGCAACACUGGACGGCACCAAAUUCGAUAUACGCGACGAUAACUCUACCAGUCAAGGUGGCGGCGCGUACGGCAGCGGUGCGGAUAUAUCUGGAGAAGACUCUAAUACGAGUUCAAUUUCCACACCCGUUAGUGGUCGCGGUCGAGGUGGACGUGGUCGAGGGCGAGGCUCUGGACGAGGUAGCGGUCGGGGCAGUCGCGCUCAUCGCUUGGGCCGUGGCGCCAGUGCUGUUGCCAAACAAAUUGCGCUCAGUCGACCACGCUGUGUCGGCGGCCUAAAGCAUAUGCCCGAUCCAGAGCGAAUGAAAGGCCUCUAUAGUCCGUCCCCUCAAGUAUUUGAAGAGGAUACCCGUAUGAGCGCUGAUUUAAGUCAGAUUCAAAUGCCGCUGCAGUCGGAACCAGCAACGCCAAUAAGGCAACCUGAUUUUCUUAAUAAUGACGAGUCUCAGUCCUCCGUGGUUAGUACGAGCAGUAUUUUGGAUCCCAACACUGUGGCCGCUGUACAAAAUGGCAGCGCUAUUAAACGUCCAAAGAAGAAGAAAAUGGAAGUUUGCGUUGCUGAAGACGCUGAAAUUACAGUUGCAGCUAUCGCUGAAUACGACUGGCCGCCACCGAAGGGCUGCUGUCCAUCGAAAAAUCGUGACACUUUUAUGAUUCAAGAGCAGGUCGCCUUGUAUUUGGGCAUUAAAAGUUUCAAGCGGAAAUAUCCUGAUCUGCCGCGUCGUCAGAUCGAUAUGGAGGAGCGCAAUUGGUUGCAAGAGAAGGGUCUCGUGUCGGAGCGUAUGUGCGACUUGGGCAUCACAGCCGUUUGGGCAUCCGACAUACUCGACAUUAUGUAUACCGACUUCUAUGAGAAAUACGAGGAGUACAAGGAUUUCAUCAGGCAAAAGCAUUUGCGCGAAAUCGAGGCAAAACAGAAAGCACUAGGUCUCAACGUGACUGGCCGUGGACUGCAGGCGCGUGAACGUGCAUUGCUUUCGGCCAGUAAAUGGAAUUCCUAUUUCAAUAGAAGUCGCAAGGAGGAACGGUUAGCAUGUCUGGACUUGCAGACGUUAACGGUGAAUGUGCCAUUGCCUGCAACAGCGCCCACUACAACAAUGGUGAACCGCUCAAUUGCCGAGGCAGUGACAGAGGCCGCUAAAACCGAAAACAUACCUGAGCCACCAACACUGUUGCGACCGCGCAUUACCACACCGCCACGUGACGUGGACGCUAGCUACCCAAUAGCUUUAGUGCCCGGUCAGUAUAGCGCGAAAUACCGUCAGUACACGCCAUUAGAGUUGAGUUGCUUCCCGCUUAAUACGGUGCUGCAGAACCCACGUUUGCUGGUUGAACGUACGUCACAACACACACAAAAGCAAGCGGCACCUCCAGUGUCAGAUGACAAGAAGUUAGCUGACCAGCUCAAUGUCGCAGAUGAAAAACUUUGCACCGAAUCAGCGGAUAUAAAAGCCACAAUCGUCAAUUGCACGGAGGAAAACACAACAACAGGCAACACUGUGCGUCGCAGCGUGCGCUCACGUUCUGCCGCUAAAGUUAUUUAUGACGACAUCGAUGCAGCAGAAGACGCCGAUAGUGCAACAGACUCGGCUAUGUCUACUUCGGGCAGUGAAAGUGAAAGCGAAUCGGACUCGGAUAGCGAUUCCGAUAGCUGCAACAAUGAUUCCGGCUCGUCUUCGGAAGAUGAGGGUGCACCUCCCAUCACGUGCGGCGUGUGCCAGCGUGCACAGCAUCGCAAUAUGAGAAACCUGCCCGAGGUCUUCAUAGGUUGCUAUACAUGUCGACGCAAAGUCCACCCGAGCUGCAUUGAGAUGCCUUACCGCAUGGUGGCGCGCGUGCGCAACUACAAUUGGCAAUGUGCCGACUGCAAGUGCUGCAUCAAAUGCAAAGGUAACAAGGAUCAGAAUAAAAUGCUGUACUGCGAGCAAUGUGAUCGCGGCUUCCACAUUUACUGCUUGGGUAUCAAAGCCGUGCCAGAUGUUCGUUGGAGUUGUGAUCGUUGUAGCUUUUGUAUGCGUUGUGGCGCCACAAAGCCCGAGGGCUUGCCACAACAACCAAACAUGAUUUCGCCUAAUGGCGAGAAAGUCAAACAGAUCAAACAUAAAAAAGUGAAAUGGAUUAAUGAGUAUCGCAUAGAUCACAUUACGAAAUUGCGCGAGCACUGUUCCAUGCUGUGUGUGCCAUGUGGACGCGCCAAGAACGUGAAACGAGUUCAGAUAGCCAGUCCAUGCGUCAGCAGCGUAACAACAAGCGCAGGUAGUGUUAUGCCACAACCAGCAUCGCCGCCCAUCGCCACACCACAAAAGCAGCUGGCUAAAAUCCCGCCACAAACACCAGCAACCGUUGCCGGCAGUGCAACAGCAAUUAGCAACGCGGCUACGGAGGUUGCACCUUCGAAUGCGAGCAGCGCAGGCAGCAAGGGUGUCGCUAAUCAAACAACGGCGAAUAAGACGAACUCAGCCGGUACGCUGCCGCCGCCACCGCCCGUUGUUGCCUGAGUGGGGGUGAUACGUUACUGCCCCAAGCGUAGUAGCCUGAACGACAGCGAUAUGUAGUAGCAAUAAAGUGCGACUGUGAUGGCGGUAUCUUGAGCGGCAUCGGUGUGCAUAGCCACUAAACAAGCAACAAUACAGAGAAACACUCGCUAGUUGAAAGCAGAUAUUAACAUUUGGAAUUUAAAUCAAGGAAGAGAAAUGUUUUAACAAGUGUAAAGCAUAUAAUUGAUGAUGAUUGAAUGGAUGACAAACUUAACGCCUUUUCAUAAACAUAACACUUAUUUUAGGAUUUAAGAACAAGAAAAUUUAAUUCAUACUUUUUUAAUUAAGUUAAAUGUCUAGUUUCGUUUAAUAUCUAACUAAUAAGCUAAAUUUAUGAUAAAAACAAACAGCUCGAUUCUCCUAUGCUACAACGUCAGGCUUAAAGUGUUAAUUUAUCAAAUGUAUUAUAGUGCAAACAGAAAUUAAUGAACAUAGACGUAGUGGGAAAAUGUUUACGUACAUUUCAGUAAGAAACUAUUUCAACAAAUUAACUAAGGAGUAAUCGAUUUGCUGCAUGCAAACACAAUCAUGUAUGUAAUAUGUCAAAUAAUGCACAUAAGAGUUGAUUUAAGUCCUAAGUAAGCUGAAAACAACACAAAACAAAUAUUCAACAGAAUAACAAAAUAAAAUAAAAUUUAUUAAAUAUCAAACUAAACUAUA